AUGACAGGUCUCAAAGUUCCAGUGGUGCAGAUUAACUUGCAUCACAGCAAAGGCGCCUCAACGAUUUUAGCUAGGGGCAUGGCUGUGAUGCAGACAGCAAUAGCACUUGUGCAAGAAUUAUGGCUCUUGAACAACGCUGUAAAAUGCCUAGGCGGUAGUGGCAAGAUUAUCUCGUCCACCACUCAGGGAAAAAUAAGGACAUGUAUAGUGAUAAAAGAUCUAAAUGCAAUCUUUAUGCCGCAGUUCAGUAAUGAGGACAUCACGGUGGUACAAGUGAGGCUUAAUCUGGACGAAGGGACCCACAGGGAUGUAUUAAUAGGGUCGGUCUACAUGUCCUAUGACGUUAAAGACCUUCCACCACUGAGGGAAAUCAAGGAGCUGAUGAAAUAUACGGAGGAGAGAGGGCUGGAGGUACUCCUGGGUUGCGAUGCAAACUUCCACCAUGUGGGAUGGGGGAGCACGGGCAUCAACCCGAGAAGGGAAAGCCUACAUGAAUUCGUCAUGGACAACAAGCUAAUCAUCCUAAACAGAGGAAUGGAACCCACCUUCAUGGACUGCAGAAGACGUGAGGUUAUAGACCUAACCCUGUGUACGUGGGGAAUGGCUGACCUGGUGAGAGACUGGAGGGUUUCAAAUGAACCUUCGGGAUCGAAUCACAGGCAGCUACGUUUUGCGCUCGAGCACAGGGAAAAGGGGAAAUGGGGUCGCAACCCCAGAAACACAAACUGGACAAGCUAUAGGAAGGACCUUGGCACUAUUCUGAAGAAAGCCCCGUCCAGAUUUAAUACAAAAUAG